AUGUCGUACCAGGAUCUCAGAGGGAAGACAUUCGUCAUCACUGGCGCCGCCUCCGGUCAGGGCCGAACGACAGCGAUUCUCCUUGGAAGACAAGGUGCAAACUUGGGCCUUCUAGACCUUAACAAGCCAGAUGACGUGGCUGCCGAAAUCGCCCGCCUGGGUGGCAAAGCCCUCUCUUUUGCCGUCGACGUCGCCAACUACGAGCAAGUCCACACGGCCAUCAAGGAGACCUCGGACCACUUCGGCGGCAUCGACGGCGCAGCGAACAUGGCAGGGACCAUUGGCACACAGGGAUUCAGAGGCAAGGGAUACGCACUAAACGUCAUCGAGGACAAGGACUGGGACUGGAUGAUGGCUGUGAAUCUCACGGGGGUCAAGAACUGCAUCAAAGCCGAGCUCAACUACGUCAAGGACCACUCCAGCAUUGUCAAUAUCUCCAGCAUCGCCGGCCAGAGGGGCACGCCGUGGAACGCGCCGUACGGUACCGCCAAGUGGGGGGUCAUCAGCUUGACCAAGUGCGCGGCUCAGGAGGCGGGAGACCGAGGCAUACGGGUCAACGCCAUUGCUCCUGGUGUUAUCGACACUCCGUUGGCGCAGUCCCUGGGAACUCAGGAGCAGGUCCAUGAACGCCUGAUUUCCAAGACGGCCCUUAAGCGCAUAGCUCAGCCCGAGGAGGUCUCCAAGGUCGUCCUCUUCCUCCUGAGUGAUGUUUCAGGAUACAUCACAGGCACCACUAUCAAUGUUGAUGGAGGUUUCCAAUAGUGGUAUUGUGCCUAACUAUGCCCUA